UGUCAAAACGCGUGCUUCUCCUUGACUUUUCCAUUUCUCUCUCUAUUCCUGCCAAUAGUCAUCAUUCAAGCCGUACCAGUUGUGUUACACUACCUUUUUCAUUAAGCAUCUAAAACAUACAGUUCAUUUCAAAUAAUAACCAGCAAUAAUCUUUAUACAUCCAUAUAACUCACAUCUGCGUCUGUGUCAAUGUCCUGGUUGGCAAAGAAUGUGAGCACCCUGGCCAGUAAGGUCGCUGCUGAGGCCAGUGGAGACAACCAGCAAGCAUCUAAUGAGACAUUACAGCAGCUCAUGCAGGAGCUGAAAGACACUCGUGAAGAGCUCUUUGAGAGGCAUCAGGAAUGGGAACUUGCUAGACAAAACUAUGAGGCUCGAUUAAGUAGUUUGACUGAAGGGAAUGCUACUGCACAGAGGGUGGAGCAUUUGGAGCAGAAGCUUAGCCGUGCAGCGGAUUUGCUCAGGUCCUUGAACAAUGAAAAGGAGAGUCUCAAAGCAAUGAUCGAGACUCUAAAGGAGGAAAAAAGUCAAGCAGAGGUAGCAGCACAAGAAGCAGCAGUGACAGCAGAACAAGCAAAAGCAGCAUUAAAUGAAAAAACAGCAGAAGUAACGGCUCAUGAGGAUGUAACAAACAAUGGUCCACCCAAUGCCAGCACUAAUGAUAGUGCAGCAGUAGCGGCAGUAGCGGCAACAGCAGAGAAAAUCAAGAAUCUUGAAGAUGAGCUACGGGAAAAAGAUGAGCAGAAUUUCAAGUCCUCUCAAGCUUUGAAGGACCAGAUUUCAGAACUUAUUGAGCUUAACAAGGAUCUCAAGGAGCAGUUAGCACAUCAACAAGCAGGCAGUGAUAAACAGAUAGACAUUGCCAUUCAGCUGCAGAUGACAAAAGACGAGCUUGAGCAGGCCAAGGUGGAGAUUGCGCGUUUAAGGGAGAACAACAAUAAGCUUGUCAGCCAGAGCGAUACGACUCAAGAGUCACAACAAUCUCAAAUAUCUUCAACAGCCCUUACCGAGGAACUUAUGAUCGCCAGGUCUACCAUCACAAAACUUGAAGCUCGUCUGGACAAGGGAUCUGAGCAAUUAACAGAGCUCACGUCUUUGAAGACUAGUCAGAAGGACCUUCAAAAUGCACUUUCAAAAACACAAUCAGAACUGGUGAAGACUCAAACAAAAUAUGCUGAGGUACAGAGUCGGCUCUCGGCCUCAAAGGAAGUCAAUGUAGCUUUGGAAAAGAGGGAAGCGUUCAUGACAGGUAAGUAUUUAACAUAUAGUGUUUAAAUUAGUCUGUGUCUGUACAUAUACUUAUCGUUUAUCUGCUCCAAUUGAAAUGCUAGACUCAAUCGCACAACUAGAUACACAGCUUAAUGCUCUAAAACUGGCUGAAGAAGCAAACAAAAAGGAAUUAGCUGACCAAUUCAUGAAGG